GAGCUGUUGGGUGGGUGGUGUGGGGGGUUUCGGGGUAGGUGGGUGAGAGGGACAUGAAGGCGCUGCGGCGAUCCAGCACCUCGUCCUCGCCGUCGUCGUCGUCCUCUCCGACGGCCGCGUCCUCCCCGCCGUCCUCGUCGUGGAUCCACAUCCGCUCGCUCCUCGUCGCCGCCGCGUCCUCGUCCUCCUCCUCGUCGUCGUCGGCCUCCGCCGCGGCGGGGAGCGCAGUGGCUGUGGUGUCGGCUGCGGCGGCCGUCUCGUCUUCUUCCUCGCCGGCGUCGUCCUCGCCGCACUCGGAUCGGGGUGGUAUUAAAUCUCCAUGGUCCCGAAGGAAAAGAAAACGAGCACUUUUACGUGAACAGUGGGAGAGUCUGUUUUCAGCAAAUGGGAAGCUUCGUGAUGGUGGAAAGAAGUUUCUCAAGAAAGUUCGCAGUGGUGGCAUUGAACCAAGCAUUAGGGCUGAAGUUUGGCCCUUCCUACUAGGAGUCUAUGAUCUGAAUAGCUCUGAAGAGGAAAGGAACUCUGUCAAGAUCAAGAAAAGGAAAGAGUAUGAAAAGCUGAGGAGGCAGUGCCAACAAAUUCUGAAUGGGUGCAAGGGAAAUGGGUUGAAGGCAAUAACUGAAGUUAAUAAUGAGUGUUCUAGUUUAGAAGGUACUGCCGAAGGAUCAGAAUCACCUUGUUUCGAAGAUGGCAAUGCUAUACCUGCUCCUGUUUCACUCGAAGAGCUGAAACCUGAACAGAAUGAAGCUGACCAACCAGAGAGCAUUCCCUGUGCUGUCGUUGAAUGUAUGGAAGAAGAUGCAGAUGAGUUAGCUUAUGCAUAUCCAUGCAUAGCAGAGUCAGAAUCAUCUGAUUCUGAAUCAUCCGAUGAGGAUGACCCUGGAAGGAUAUCUGUAUCUGGCGAGGAGAACUGUGAUCCAGAUCCUAAAUAUACCAGGAGCACUUCAUUCAAGGCAGAUUUUUUUAGGUCUAGCAGAACCUCAGAGGACUUUGCCACAUGGCAGCGCAUUAUAAGGUUGGAUGCUAUCCGGUCAAACAGUGAAUGGAUUUUGUUCUCUCGCAACCAAGCUGAAGUUCCCAAGGAGAGAGCAUUGCAGUCUGCAGCAUCUGUUGGGUUGAAAGAUUAUGAUCACUUAGAGCCCAAUAUGAUUUAUCAUGCUGCUCGAUUAGUUGGGUUGCUUGAGGCCUAUGCGGUCUAUGAUCCAGAGAUUGGCUACUGCCAAGGUAUGAGUGAUCUGUUGUCACCUAUCAUUGCGGUGAUGGAAGAGGAUGAUGAAGCGUUUUGGUGUUUCGUUGGUUUCAUGAGGAAAGCAAGGCACAACUUCAGGCUCGAUGAGGUUGGAAUAAGAAGGCAGUUGAAGAUUGUCUCUCAGAUUAUCAAGCGCAAAGAUUCGCACCUGUAUAGGCAUCUGCAGAAGCUGCAGGCUGAGGACUGUUUCUUUGUGUACAGAAUGGUGGUAGUUCUCUUCAGGAGAGAGCUCACUUUUGAGCAAACUGUGUGCCUGUGGGAGGUUAUGUGGGCUGACCAGGCAGCUAUACGAGCUGGGAUUGGGAGGUCCACCUGGGGAAGGAUAAGACUGCGUGCUCCUCCAACUGACGACUUGUUACUUUAUGCCAUCGCCGCUUGUGUCCUGCAGAGGAGGAAGCUAAUAAUUGAGAAGUAUAGCAGCAUGGAUGAGAUACUGCGAGAAUGCAACAGCAUGGCCGGGCAACUAGAUGUCUGGAGGCUGCUAGAUGAUGCACAUGACCUGGUUGUUAACCUUCAUGAUAAAAUCUGAUCUGGUGGUGAGUGCUGUUCUCCGCUCUAAUGGCAGAACAGGUGUAAGCCUCAACCUCAACAGAAGAAGAAAAAAAGGUGGUUCCUUUACCACCUACUGAAAGAAUUCUAUUAUCUGCUAUUUGUUCCCAGACAGAACCAACUUCUAGGUAUAGAGAAUGUUGUAACUUAGAGUGAGGACUCGAGUGUCCUCGCAAAGAAAAGGCUGAAAGAUUGUUUGGUGUUAGUGAGGCACUGUGAACUGUUCGUUGUUUAACUUGUUAUAGGCAAAAACAGAGUUUCCUGGGAUGGCACUUCAUCAAUUUUAUGCAUCCGCGCUCAAGUUAACUAGUUGAGAUGUGCAAGGUAGUAUGGUUUCUCAAUGUACGAAUUUGUUUCUCAUGUGUUUGGCUGGUGUUAAGUUGUCACCUCCAGAUCCUGCCACCAAUUUCGUUGUGCAAUUACCAGGAAAACAUUGCUGAAAUUGUGGCACCAAACUGAAUGAGUGCUGGAUUUGAUUAA